AUGUGUGACUUCGACUGUGGUUUGUCAUGUGUUAAACGUGGUGUAACAUGUCCAUAUUUGAAAGUACCAGAUCAUGGUCGAAUUAUUUAUUCAAAUAUAAACAAAUUUGGCUCGAGAGCUACGUUUGAAUGUGACACCGGGUACAUAUUGGAAGGUGUUAAAGUUCGCCAUUGUCAAGGCGAUAUGUGGUGGGGUCCGUCGGACAAUGAUCCUUAUUGUAUCAAAGAAGGUAUGAUCAUUACAUUUUAUAAAACACUCUCUUUUAACAUCAUUUUUGAUCAAAAAACAAAAACGGUGUAGAGAAAAUAAUUAAAGAAAUUUAAUAGUUUCUCUUAGAAUAUUAUUAUUCGAUUUUUUUGGAAUUCAGUUGAUGAACAAACAAAAUUGUCCAUGAUGUGGACAUAUUAGAAUAAUAUGAAUUUUAAAACUAAAAAGCGACAGUUGUUGUUGAUACAUACGUUAAAUUAAUAUCGUGUCAUUGUUUUAACGUUUUAACCUCCUUGCGAUAACAAACUUGUGAAUGCAAUAUCUUUUUGAUUUUUUUGAUUGCUGUCUCGAGAAGACGUUCAGAAGUCAAACGUCGAUUAGGUUAUCUAUAGAAUUCAAAAUUAAGAAUAUAUCAAAAGGAUUAGAAUAAGACAUAGUUUUUUUGGUUUUUAUUCAAACAACAAAUGAUAUGUCUGUGUCAAAGGGAUUGGUUAAAUAAUUCUUCAUCAUCAGACUACACUAGUUUUCUAUCUUUCGAUUUAAAGAAAACCUUUAGAGUGAAAUUUUCUCAAUUAACUAACUACUAGUAGUAUAACAUAUAACAUAUAUAUAUCGUUUACAGACUUUAUUAAAAUUAAUAGAUUUAAAAUAAGGUGCUCCAAAUACAAAAGUAGAGCAGAAUUUGUUUCUAUUUGAUUUAUACACGGUUGGAUAGAGCUCGCAA